CCGGGCGCGGCGCGGCCGCGGGAGCGGGGGCGGGUUUAUGGCGGCGGCUCUGUCCGCACUCGCUGCCAGGCUCUCCCAGUCGGCCGCGGCCAGGUCCUACGGCGUGUUCUGCAAGGGGCUCACCAGGACCCUCCUCAUCUUCUUCGACCUGGCCUGGAAGCUCCGCAUCAACUUCCCCUACCUCUACAUCGUCGCCUCCAUGAUGCUCAACGUGCGGCUGCAGGUCCAUAUUGAGAUCCAUUGACUUGUGACUUGGUGUGCUGCUUCUGCUGUAUGCUGCAACUAGAGUCAGUCACUCUUGUUCAAAUCCAGCCUGUUGUGAAGCAUCAAAGCUGUGCUCGUGUGCUCUAGGACUAUGAAGAAAGAAGAUUUUACCCAGAAACGAGUAUGUGACAAUGGCCCAGAUCACCACAAGCCAGCAGCUCAUCUGACACACGUGCAUUCCAUGUUGGACAGUUCUCAAAAUCAUAGUAGCAGUUUACAAGAAUUACAUAACACCAGGAAUUUUCCUCUCUUUAAUACUAUACCUCUGUCUUCUGUUGGCAAGGAAAUGCCUCUGAGCUUCAGUGAAUCAGCAGGGACGAACUCAAGUGCAGCUGCUCCUUGGAAGGAUUCAUUUCAUCUGCAUUUUUCUCCUGGGAAAGACAAUCUCCAUAGGGUUUCUCACUGCAUUGGUGGCAUUUCAGUAACGGGCUGGCUGGAAGAAGCUUGUAGCAUCUCUGGAGACUUCAGCUCAGGCUGCCCAGGAGACAACUUUGUAUGUUUUGCACAAUUCUGGCUGGGAAAUUUGCAGUAUAAUAAAAACCUGUGGUUUCUGGAAUUAGAAAUGAGCAGUAGCAAGGAGAAUGAAUUGCAGUUUGUAUUUUUUAAAGUAUUGGAGCUUGGUGGACUUCCUGAUUCCUGUUCUAAUCCAGUUGCCUCUCUGAACAACUCUGCUAUGGGACUCUCAAACAACCAGAAACCAUUUUUUUUCCUUUGUUGCUUAAACCUUGUAUCUUCAGAGCAAACACUUGGAUAUGAGCAAAUGCUUAUGAAUAUACAGUAUGUGACUAAUAAUUUUCACAUCAUACAGCUAGUAAUCUCUGUGCUAGCUUUUGCACUAGCAGGUCUCUGGUAUGCAGUAGUGAAGGUAAAAAAGUACUGAGAUUUGAAUAACGACUAUUUUUAAUAUUAGCAGAAAAUAAAAGAGACAAAGUUACAGUUCAGGUUUUAGUGAGAAUUAGCUGAAGCAAAAACUAUAGUUGUAUAAUUGCUAGUUAAACUGGCUGAUGGAAGACUCUUUUUGUAAGGAAUAGCUGCAUCUGAGUGUAAAGAACUUCAUAAUUUUCAGACUCUGGGACUUCUGCAGGUCUGCUGAUAACACUAAACUAGAACCUGGUUUGAUUAGCACAGAUCCUUUGUUUUCUAUAGAGUUUGUACUAGUGGAGUGUUCUGGCUACUACUAUUUAUACCCAUUUCCAAUGAAACUUGUUUCUUGUAGAAUUGAAUUCCUGCUCUGAACCAACAGCAGCUGAUGUAUCAGUCUUUAAAACACUUUGAACUGGAAAGCUGUUGGGAGGGUGGUCUUCAAUACAGCAUAAUUGUCAGCAGUGUUCUUUCCAAGGAUGGUACUGCUCUAAUUUAACAAUGCCUUGUGAGCUUUAUUGUGCUACAAUAGACACUGUAAACAACUUUCUGAAACAAUUCUUUUUCCUUGAAAGAGUGAUUGUUAUUGCUGAAGUACAGUAACAGCUUCUGGGCCUGUUGGCUUUGGCUUUGGUUUGCCAAAGAACAGGGCAAGAAUGCUGGAAUCCAUAGAGCUGCUGGUGAAUAGAAUUUUGAGGAAUAGGCUCCUGGUGGCACUUCAGUGGAGAAACUCAUCCUGCAGUAGGUCAAACUUUGAUGUCCAAAAUCCUCAGCAGGGGCACUGCUGUAGAUCAGCUUAAUGUGCUCUGAAGGCUCACAUCAAGAGGGAGGUAUUGGUGUGAGGGUUAGGAUGCAUUUUCAGCUUCCCCUUGACUCUGACUUAAAAGUGAGGACUUAAUGUGGAGUAAAGUGGUUCACACAUCCAUUUUGGGUAUCCUUUUUGCCAGCUGGUCUUGCUUCAUCUUGGAAAGAGAAGAAGUGAUGUUGUACUUAGUUUGAACUGAACUUAGCUGGAAAGCCAGUAGUUUCCAGUGUGGUGGUUAUUGAACUGUUAGCACACAUGUAGAGAAGUCCUUGAUUAUGAAGAUAAGAUGCUGAUUAUGAGUCUUAGGGAGAGAAGUGCUGAAAUUUUUAAAUCUUAUUUGAGUGCUGAAAAUAAGAUAUAUUACUUUUUAUGUUAAGUGAUACAUUGUGUUUUCAUGAUCCCCAUUGGCUGAUUGUUUCUUUUGGAUACUAAAAGAGAUGAAAAGCCACUUACUUUCAUUUAGAAAAUAACUUUUCCCUGGUGUGCUUUUAAAUGAUUGCUUAACUUGUAGAGUUUUGACCAUGCAAUCACCUGUCACAAAGUGACUGAAAGCCCCAAAAUAAUACUGGAUUAUGUAUCAUAAGUAAUUACUCUGACAGCAGCAGUUCCCUCUCAGUCAAGCCAUCCACUCUCCUCUCCACUGCUGUAAUUUAUCAGCCUUACAGUGAGUGGUAUUAACACAGGUUAACACGUGGUGUUGCAGAGGUUCAAGAUUCCUGAAGUGAUGUGGAUCUGACAUCCCAGAACACCAGAAACAGACACUUCCCCAAACGUCUGUGGCUUGGAGUCACGGUGUUAAGCUGCUGUCUGCCUGUAUCUUGACCCAAAAAACACUUGGCAGAGUUGAGGGUAGAGGAAUGAAGGCUGGGAGGGGUUGGAGCCUGUUUAAGCUGGCUUGAUUGCUAAAGACAACGUUGUGCAACUCCAUAUUAAUCUCUAUGCAGCUCCACAGGUACAGCCAUACCCUCCAUGUAUGGUGAGCCUUACUUUAAAAUGUGCACACACACAGUUCUGCACCCAAAACUUGAGUGCUUGGACUUCCUGUACAAAGGAUCCAUUGGCACAGCUGUACCUGCAGUUGUUACUUGAGACCUUGUUUGUACAGCUGACUGCUUGGCCUGGAACAUUCUCUGCUGUGUGUCAUUUGGGAAGGACAGUUCUGUACUAGAACUGGGAGGUGAGAUUGUCAGGUUAAUAGGCAAGAGGAGUAGCUAAAGGCAUAAAACCACAGUUUUUAAUGCACCUUUUUCUCAUGGUGAUUUCAAAGGGGAAGAAAUGAAACAUGAGAGACACCACCAAUAAACUAGAAUUUAAAUGUGUGUACAGCAGAGUGCCAAGGGUUUUCUCCUUAUCGAUGACGAGCCCUAUGGAGGAGGAGAUCUUGGAAUAUUGAAUUGUGCUACAUAUCACAGUCCAGCUAAUACAGUCCUGUUUUAAGCAAAGUCUUGUUUGAAUGUGUGGCCUUUCAUUACUUAUUACAGGAUCACUUUAAAUACAAUACAGCUAAGUGAAAUGAUGGAUGUUUGUUGUGUAUUAUAUGUAUAUUGACCAUAAGAUAGAAAGAAUACUUAAAUAAGUGGAUUCAAUCCAUUUUAAGAUAGUUUAUGUACCUUGCCUUGAAUUUUAUUGCUUAAAACCUAAAAGGUAAUUUUAACUUGAACAUUCCUUCUGAAAUUCAAAUAAAGCAUAGUUUGGUAUGUUAAAAUCUCAUGUAACAGACUGCACUUUAAGCCUGGGGAGGCCAUGGAUUGGAAGCGCUGUUCUUGCACUGCCAGAACUGCUGCCCUGACUGAGGCAAUGUUUCAGUGGCUUUUCCUGUCUGGAGGGAGAAUAAGGAACCUGAAGGAUGGCAUCCAUCCUUUGAAACUAUAGAUAAAUCUAACACUAUGUGGUUUAGGCCACUGUUCUCUUCCUACAGAUGUUUUGAUAUUAACUCAUCUCUAAAGAUGGAAGGUGUCUUGGCCAAGAAUUGGUUUGUGUGGAGUUUCAUGGCUUCACUGUGUCCAGUGUGGAAAACUUUCCUGAGUUAAUGUGCUGUUAGGGCUGUCUCAGAUGAUUAUUACAGUACAGAAAAAUAACAUUCUUAGUAGGGGUAAGGGACCUUUAUACUCAACCAAGAGUUGCCUUCAUAUUUCUGUAUUGUCUCUCAUCCUUCUCUAGGAAGAGGUUAUUUCUAAGCAAAAUGUCAGGGUUCUACUAAACAACUUGUGCUGAAAUUUCAUUGAUUAGUGUCCAGAUCCUUCCUGCACUACAUAGCAAAGUUUUAUUUCUGCCAUUAGAAAAGAAAUAAGAAAAUACUCCAUAUUAAGUGAAUUUCCUACUAGUUACACUUGAGUGAAAAUUUCCUAUGUGGUGUACUGCUAUGAAAAGAAAAUAUACUUUUAAAUGUGUGCACAGAGCUCUGCAUGUAGAUAAAAAUUGUUUUACCACAGUAUGAUGUUGGGAUGCUUAUGCAAAUGCUUUUUUACUUUCUGACAGUGCAAAAUGCAGUAGAGAUGGUGCUGUUUCUUCUCCAUGUGGUUUUUAGCCAGUGCAAUCCCAGCUAUUGUGUCUGCAUCAUCCUGACCAGGGGACAGUUCCAGCUGUAGACAUUUUUUAGCCUUUUGCUUUUUCAGUGUUGUUGUUUGAGGUUUGGUGGUUUGUUGUUUGUUUGUGGUUUAUUUCUCUUUUUUUUUUUUUUAAGUUAUUAUUAGGACUGUAAAGACAGCACUUUCUUAAACUUUGCCAAAGUUUGCUUCCUUUCUCCUUCUCACCACCUUUGCCCCUUACAGGUACACACAUUUCAUUUUUGGAAGAAGCAAGCCUGUAUGUACUCUCCUAAUAUAUAAUCUUAUUGUCAGGUUGCUCCUUUUGUUUUUAUGGCCUGGUCAUGCACAUAUUUCUCUCCCUAUAAUUUCUCAGCAUAAGCAUAUGCUGAUAUUUUGUUCCACCUCAGAAACGUUGUCCUGUAAUUAAUUAUGCACAACAAAUUGACAGAAACCAUGUAGAGAUGUAAGAGUCCAUAGUCUCUCAUCAGGGUGUAUGACAGGUGGUAUAACUGACAGAGCAGUGUGUAGUCAAUGUGAGUUAUUUCUGCUUUUUUUCUCUUCAAAACAGCUGCUUCAGUAAAAUCCAGUGUUUAAUUCGAGUAUGUGGUACCUCUGACAGCUGAGAAUUGCAGCUAGAAUCUGGGGCUUAUAAAACACAUCAAGGUUAGAACUUAGUGUAACUUUUCAAAAAAUUGAAGAGUACAUUAAAGAGUAGGUGAAUAUUUUGAAACCUUUUUUUUCCCCCAAAAAGUGCACAGAAUAAAAUGUGUUCUGCCACUUGUUUCUGUUACAACCAGUAACUGGGGGUGGGGGGAGAACCCUUUUUAGACUGCAGAGCCUCUAAUCCUCAAGGAAGAGCUGCACUUGCUAGAACUUUAAAAUAAACCAAAUGUUGCCUAUAAAAGUACUGAUAUUUAUGAUCAACUGUCAUACUUAAAUUACAAGGUCAUAGAUAUCAAUCUCCUGACAGUGUGAAAACAAGAAUAAUAAAUUCAGAAGUGCUAGAAUAAUGCUAUCCUUUACCAGCCUUCACUGGUAAGAGCAAAUCCUAUUGUACUUUGAAAUUAAUCCUCUACUGCAUCCCAAAAUCUCAAUUAUCUUGGUAUUUUUGGAAGUAGUGAUACAAGAUUCAGACUAAGAUGGUUAUUUCAUGGUUAAUGAUGAAAUCAAUUUAAAAGCUAAAACAUUUUAGAAAAUGACCAGAGGGACUUCCACAAAGAAAAUCUGCCUUGAAAAGGUCUAUUUUAUUUGUGUGAUCUCUAUAUAUGUAGUCUGUUUUGCAAAUUCCUUUCCUUCUUCAUGGAAGAUUGCUAUAAACCUGACAGCAAAAGUGGUCAAAACCCAAACUUGCAAAAGUAUCAGUGUUUCAUUUUCUGUUUGUAGUCAAUUUUAGCUAUUAUCAAACAUAAUACCUAAAUGUAAUUUAAGCUUUUGUUCUUAAAAGUAGGGAAAUCAAAUAUUCAGUGCCUGAUUCAUCACUUGAAGUUGAGUGAAACCAUUUCUUGGAAAUGUGUUCUGCUACCUGAUGCUGACUAAUUUUAUGCUGAUACUCAAUACUUCCUGUAAACUGUGAUGUCAUCCCUGCAGAACAAUUUCAGUCUAUGGCCUUGGUCUUUGGCCCUAUUUUUUUAUUAUUAUUAUUUUUAUUGUAAUGUGGGAGGUGGAGAAGGCUGGCACAAACCAUUUUUUUUUUUUUUUUUGUUCCAGAGAAAGAUGUUUACAACUUUGUAUGUAUUUUAAAAAUGUAUUGUGACACUUUUAACUUGGGAGAGAAGUUUCCACAGUAGACUUGAAACCUGAAGAGAGGCUUUGGAAUAUGGGGAGUGCUCCCCAAGCUGCCGGGAGCUGUUGAGGGUGAAGCUGCUCACUCACACCACAGGAGGGAGUUCCACAUCAGUCUUUGGAGUAUUUUCAGUUAGUACAUCUUGGUACAGUGCAUUUCAGUUUGCCUUGUCUUAUGGAUUGUCACUGCAAAUAGGUUAAUGUACAAAAUCAAUACACAGCAGUAAUGUAUUGUAACUGUUUACAUUUGAACUCAGAGUACCAAUGGAUGGGUUUUGUCAAGCUAUUUAAAAACAGAAAUAAAAAUCUUUUUUUUUAA